AUGGAAUCUUUACCAUUUCCAUACCAUCUAUUGGCCGGUGCCUGUGCAGGGAUCUCCGAGAUAUGUAUCAUGUACCCUUUAGAUUUUGUAAAGACGCAAAUGCAGAUUAAGACAGCUAUGAAAAGUGUAAAUUUGAAAGGAUGUAGGUUAGAUGAAACUAUGAUUCAAACGUUUACCAGGAUUGUUCAACAGGAAGGAGUAUCGAGAUUGUAUAAGGGGAUCAUAUCUCCCAUCUUAUUGGAAACACCGAAAAGAGCUAUAAAAUUUGCUUCGAACGAUUUCUUUCAACAAUUUUAUAAAAAAAAUUUCAAUGUCAACAAUGUAAACCAAUCAAUAUCUAUCCUUGCAGGUGCAUCAGCUGGUGCAAUGGAAUCAUUUUUGGUGACACCCUUUGAUUUAGUCAAAAUCAGAUUACAAAAUUCUAAAGAACUUCAAACUUCGUUUCUUAAAUGUUUUAAGAGUAUUAUAAAAGAAUAUGGGAUCAGGGGAGUUAUGCUUGGUUGGGAACCAACAGUAUGGAGACAUCUGGUUUGGAAUGCAGGCUAUUUUGGUAUAAUUUUUCAUAUUAAAACAUUCCUCGAUAAUCAUUUCCCGGAUUCUUCAAAAGUAGGGAAAAAUUUAGUGGCAGGAUCUUUAGGUGGGUGUUUGAGUUGUUUCUUAAGUGUUCCAUUUGAUGUAGUCAAAUCAAGGGUUCAAAAUGGAGAUACUGAUGCAUUGAAGAAAUAUCGCGGGGCAUGGAAAGCAGUCAAUGUGAUUAGAAUCGAGGAAGGGCUUCCCUCCUUAUAUAAAGGGAUAGUACCUAUUAUCUGUAGGAUGGGGCCUAGUGGUGCCUACUUGUAUGUGACAUUUACAACUUUAAUAGAGUUUUUCCAAAAUAAUAUUAUCCUUAGGUGA